AUGCUAUCUUCAAUAAAUUAUUGGCGACGACAGAUUCACCCUCCGCAACCUAAGUCACUAAACGAAUAUGUAUCGUACUUGCAAAUGGAUAGAUGGAAAAAUUAUUUGAGCCGUACCAAAAGUGAAUUACAACUGAAGUAUAUACAAAGCAGUGAUAAAUCAUCAGCAGUUGUUUUGGCCGAUAAAGAAUAUCUACGGACAAUCAAGACCAGUCAUUUAUUAAUUGACGCGACAUACAAAGUUUGUCCUCGGGCUCCAGCAGAAAUCUAUCAAUUGCUGACCAUUAUGGCUCUCCACAUCUUAAUAUCGAGAGCGUCACGUCAGAUUUCGAAUUAG